AUGUCGGCUUCCCCUUCCAAUCGUCGUGUCUCCCACCCCGUCUACAUUUCUGCUUGUUGGGAAGUCUCUGGCAUGAUCGCUAGCACCCUCAACGCAAACGUUGGCUAUCGCGUUGGCCAGACCGGUAUCAGCUGCGGCGGGAUCGAGGGUAACGACGCUCACGAACACCCUACACACCUUACGUCAUUCUCCGGAUCUGGCACCGCAGUCACCGUUGGCGAGAUGUACUUCGCCAAGGGCAAGUUCUUUGCACCUAACAACCCAACGCCCUCCAAUUGUGUCCAUGAAUUCAGCCAUGUCGUGCACCUCGGCAACUCAGAGGCCUUUCCCGGUGCUUUGAUCAACAACACCGCUGUGUCCUCCAUCGGUAUCAUUCUCAGCAAACGGGUUAUCCAGGAGCCUGCGCACGACGGGAAGCCUACUACAAUCUGUAUCGUGCGACACACGGAUUAUAAUCCAGUGACCGGUACGAACAUUGGAUUCCAGAUGGAGUACUGGUGCCGGCCAGUACGCAACCUCGCUAAAGUCCAGAAUCUAUUUCAGCAAGGACGGGAAAUGACUAUCAUGGGUUAUGUUACCGGUAAAGAUGUAGCCCGCCACAUGUGGCAAGUCGAUGUCUACGCGAUCUCCGUAGCCACUGGUGCCGAGUCUGUCAGCACUCCGAACGGUAAUGGUACCGCUGGAGUAGCCCAGACAACUGCCGCCGGUCGAGUGCGUCUUCCCAGGUAUACGGCGCCUGUGCCUUCCUCUUCUGGCUCUGUUGGUCCUGUCGCGUCAACUUCGAGUUCAACCGCGGACCCUCUUAACGUUGCCACUCCACAAGACGACAAUACUAACACUUUAGACAAAGCAGCUCUCCCGUCAUCGCCCAGCACCGGAGUCAGCAGCCGGGCCCAGAGCAAACGCUGCGAGUCGUACCUGUCUGUUUUGCCCGGUCACAUUACCCAAGUAGUGUCGGUACACAUGCACUCCUAUACUGGGUCAAGGCUGCAACAUCACGGAUUGAUCCCUAACAGAAUCGACAAUCAAUUCCCAGUGAUCUUACCCCGCCCUGCGUCGAUAUUUCUACGAGAAAAAAUUAUGAACGACAAAGAGAACAUCCCAUUGAGGCCUCGGGCUCCUAAACGCGCCAAACUCGGACUGGCCGUGGCAAAUCAGCAACAGAACACUGAAGAAAGCAUUAUGAAACGCUUGAGGAACGAAAUUCCGCAUCAUCUGGGGGCUAUGGACGAUGCCUGCUCAUUCUGUGGAGCUCUACACUGGAUCUCAGAACGACCAACAAGCGCGAAGGUCAACGGACCUCACGCCUACACAUCAUGCUGCCGCGGUGGAAAAAUUAAACCGCCUGUUGAUUACUUUGGUGACCACGUCGUACCAGAUUUCGUACGAGACUUGCUGACUGGCACUGACCCAGGUAUGUCUCCGGAAAACGACGACAAUCCUAACCAUACGCUGAUGCCCUGCAUGACCAGACUCGGUUGA